CAAGCUAGGGUUCUUCUCCUCCAAGCUUCAUCUACUAAACAUGAGUCGCCAUCCCGAAGUGAAGUGGGCUGAGACCACUGACAAGAUCUUCCUCACUGUAGUAUUAGCUGAUUCUAAAGAGACUAAAGUUAAUCUAGACCCUGAAGGAGUCUUUGAUUUCUAUGCAAAAGCUGGUCCUGAAAACCAUGUUUAUGAACUUAAACUCGAGCUUCACGAUAAAGUCAAUGUAGAGGAAAGCAAGAUUAACAUUGGAGUAAGAAAUAUCUUCUGUAUAAUAGAGAAAGCAGAGCCUGAAAGGUGGAAUAAGCUGAUUGAUUGGGACAAGUGGGUAGAUGAGGACGACGAAGGCAACGCUGGUGCUGGAGAUAUGGAUAUGGGAGGAAUGGGUGGAAUGGAUUUCUCGAACUUUGGCGGAAUGGGUGGCAUGGAAGGACUCGGCGGCAUGGGUGGAAUGGGAGGUAUGGCCGGACUUGAAGGACUUGGCGGCAUGGGAGGUAUGGGUGGAAUGGAAGAGUUUGAAGACAGUGAUGGUGACGAAUUUGCAAAACCAGGAGACAAGAAAGAUGAAACCGUCAAGGAAGAAGCAAAACCAGUAGAUGUUGUUAAGGAAGACAAGUGAAGAAGACACGACAGUGUUCCUUCCAGAGAUGAACUUAGUAUUAUGUUUUGCUUUCAAGCUCAUUAGCUGUUUAAGGUUUUUAAGGUUUACUUCCUCUUUUCAAAAAUAUUUUUACUCUAUUGCUUUUAGGGAUUUGUUUACUUCACAGUUUGCAUUUUUGGCAUUGUCAAAUGCACUGACAUUUGAGUUUGGGAGGUAGCAUUCUUCUUAUGUGAAUUGUCGAGACAGCAAAAUUUAUAGAAGCUAAUACAG